GUUGAAGAAGGCAGCCAGUCGUGAGGGGCUGAGCGGGCCCUGAGGGGACGGUGUCACCACUUCGGCCUAAACAGUUACAGGAGCGGCUUGGAGCCGAAGCACCUCUCGCUGCCUUGGGAUCCCCUUCCCCAGGUGGCUCCGUGAGCACCGGCAGCAUUCCUGAGGGAGCGGCUCCUUCCCCGGGGUUCGUGCCCAGCGGCCCGGCCCGGCCCGGCUCGGCCCGGCUGCACAGCACGGGCAGCCCGGGAGCUGCGCUGGAGCUCUGCCGUGGAAGUGCCUCGAGAAGGAAUCACCGCGCACCACACACAGUGUCCAGCACACGGUACAGCCCAGGACUGUAAACAUUGGUAAUGGUUAAAGGGCUCCGGGCUCGCUGUGUGCCCGCCCAGCCCGGCUCAGAGCCUGCCCCCCCGGACCCUCAGCAGCCGGGCCCCGUGCUCCAUCCACUGCGGUAACUGCACCAAAAUGCUGCACAACGGACAGACUCAGACCCGCUGUUAGAAAUGAUGGGGAAUCUGCUCAGGAAAUUUUAACUCUCUCCCUUUGUUUCCUCCCUGCUGCAAGGAUGCCAGGUGAACUCAUCCAGCAUCAGCAGUUGGGUGUUUGGGGAAGGAAGGUGGGCUGGGGUCCCACAUGGGUCGGCAGUUGUUCAGAAAACUUUCUAUCCAUCCAUCCAUCCAUCCAUCCAUCCAUCCAUCCAUCCAUCCAUCCAUCCAUCCAUCCAUCCAUCCCAGAGCCCCUCUGGCAGUCACAUUCCUGCCCCUCCAGACUGGCACUGCUGGGACUGAAGCCCCUUCAAGCAGCAGCUCCAGAGAUUCCUCAACAGGAAUUCCUCCCUUGAUCUUCACAGGGCAUUCCUGCUAAUAUACUCAAAGGGAAAUUUCAAGGGAUUUAACACUGCCCUGACACACAUUAUUAUUGCAGGUACCCAACAACAAAAUUAAGGUCAACGGGGUUGCCAUAGGCCAGAAAGGAUUAUCAAUAUAAAAUCACAAAAAAGAGUUGAUUGUUCCCUACAUAUUGACAUACUGGGUCAGCCACCUGGUGCAGGCAUGUUUGGAGAAGGAAGGUGACCUGGGGUACCAUCUGGGUCAAAACUGUUCAGGAAACUUCCCUGCCAUCCUGGCAGCUUCACUCCCUCCCCAGACUGCCCCUGGGGCCCUGUUGCCUCCCCCAUACCCCAUCCCACAGUUGCUCCUGGUUUCCUCUCCAGCUCAGCCCCAGGGCUCCCAGAGAGCAGUCCCAGACUCUGGCUCCUGUAAGGAAUUUUAUUGUGCUGCAGCAGCUCAGUAACAGCUUGAGAUGGAGCCUCUGGGGAGGGACCCCUACAAAGGAUCUCCCAGGCUUCCAUCCCCUCCUGAUGAUGGGGUCUUCCUGCUGAGCCAUCCUCUCCUGCUGUGUCCCAGUGCCCAGUCACCUGCCUGGCACUGCAGGGCCCUUUGGGUCAGUGCCAGGUCCUGGCCACUUGCUAGGGGCUCUGGCCAUUUCCCCGCAGAGCUCAUCCUGCAAGUCCCAGGGCAGCUGCCCCACCAGCUUUGUGCCCUAAAUGUGCUCCUCAGCACGAGGGACCCUCAUUGCACAUCCCAAACUGCGACAGAUCAACACCCCCAGACACCCCAAUCCACAGCUGCACCCUCUGUCUGGAGAGCCUUCAUCCCCUUCAAAAAUCCAUCCUCAUCCCUGAGCUGGGGGACACGGCUGUGAGGGGUGGGAGGAACUUCAGCCAAAGGGCCGUGGGCAGUGGCCCCUGUCCUGGGGGAGGCUGGUGACAAGGGUGUCCCUGAGGGCUCUGGGUGGCACCGGGGCUCUGCAGUCCCUUCCUGACACAGACAGUGGCUCAAGGCCACCCUCAGCGUGUUCACAAAGGUGACACGAAGCUGUGGUGCAGGUGACGUCCAGGGGGACCUGGACAAGCUUGAGAAGUGGGACCAAGAGGACACAGUGAAGUUCAAUAAAGCCGAGGGAAGGGGCUGAACCUGCGCAGGGACAGUCCCAGCACCAGCACAGAGUGGGAGAAGAGCUGAGAGUCCUGCAGAGAAGGACUGGGGGGUUCCGGUGGAGGAAAAGCUGCACCCGAGCCAGCAGCGAGCACCGGCAGCGCCAAAUGCCGAUCGCAUCCCGGGCUGCAGCAGAGGAGGAGUGGCCAGAGGAGGCUGAGGCAGGGGAUGCUGCCCUCCGCCCUGCGGAGCUGUACCGAGAUCACCGCUCAGGGUCGCGUCCAGCCCAAACCCCUCAGUGACGUGUGCUUCCACGGUAAUGGAUCCUCGGGGGUUCCGUUGUUCCCAGCACGGCUCCAUGGCCACCAGCGGCACAGCGACAACGUUCCAGGGCUGUCAGGCACCGGCGGAUCCCCGAGUGACAACGGCCGGGCUGUCCCUCCCGCUCAGCCGCGCUCCGGUGGCUGCUCCGCUCUCGGCGGAGGCGAGUGCGAGGGCCGUUCCCGGUGACCGGGGCUGUGCCUCGUCCCUUGCACGGCAAUGCCGACCCCAGGCGUGGGUGCUGCCGUCCCCGCGGGGGACGCGGUGGCUGGACCACAUGAGGACCCAGAUCAGUGGACGGGGAGCCCCGAGCAGCCCGAUGCCCCAGCCCCAGGUGCCUGUUGCGGGGCAGACCCCACCCCAGGAGGGCUCCGUGGCCGUGGUGCUGCGUGUGAGGCCCCCCAACCGCCGGGAGCGAGCUGCAGCCACCAUCCUGCGCGUCCUGAACCAGCACGCCGUGCUGUUCACAUCCGAGGAACCCGGCGGCACCGGCACGGCCACCGGCACCGGCACCGGCACCACAACGCCCGGCCGCAGCUCCGGCCGCCGCCGCAGGAACAUCGAAUUUGAGUUCGACCACGUUUUUGGCGAGAGGGCCACGCAGGAGGAGGUGUUCCAGCACACCACGCUCCCUCUGCUGGACACGCUCCUCGCUGGCUACAACUGCUCCGUGUUUGCCUAUGGUGCUUCAGGAGUUGGGAAGACCCACACCAUGAUGGGCUCCAAGAGCACUCCUGGCAUUGUGCACCUGGCCACGGUGGAGCUCUACAAGAGGCUCGAGGCCAUGAAGGACAGGAGCUGUGAGGUCCUAGUCUCCUACCAGCAGGUGUACAAAGAGCGUGUCUACGACCUGCUGGAGUCCCAGGGCCCCCUGAACGUCUGGGAGCAGCCCGGGAAAGGAGCCGUGGCACAGGGCCUCUCCAUCCACCAGCCCACGUCACCAGAGCAGCUCCUGGACUUGUUGGCCAAAGGCAAUAAAAACCGGGCCCAGCGUUCCACCAAGGCCAACGCCGCCUCCUCCCGCUCCCACGCCAUCUUCCAGAUCCAGGUGAAGCAGUGGGACCUCACUGCUGUCCCCGCCGGGGACCCCCACGUGGCCAAGCUGAGCUUCAUCGACCUGGCGGGCUCGGAGCGAGCCUGGGACACGCCGGGCCGGGGAGAGGGGAUGUGGGAGGGCACCAGCAUCAACCGCUCGCUGCUGGCUUUCAAAAGCGUCGUCCGUGCUCUGUCCGGAGCCAAGGGCGGGCAGUGCCACGUGCCGUUCCGGGACAGCAAACUGACGCUGCUGCUGAAGGACUCGCUGGUCGGCAGCUUCCGCAGCACCGUGAUCGCGGCCGUGAGCCCCGCGGCGGCCGCCGGCCCCGACACCUACAGCACGCUGCGCUUCGCCAGCAGGGCCCGGCACAUCCUGCUGCCGUCCCUGCAGGACACCGGGGUGUCUCCCUGCAGCUCCAGAACAGCCUCCCCGGCUGAUCUGCAGUACCAGGCCAGUACACCAAGUCCCCUUCAGCAGGACCUGCAGGACCAGGAGCAGAACCUCUGCCCUGAUGAAAUUACUGCAAAGAAAAAGGAAGUGGAGGAACCCAAAGAUCUGGACAAGUCCACAGGGCUGGAGGAGUCCUCAGGGCUGGAGGAGUCCUCAGGGCUGGAGGAGCCCACAGGGCUGGAGGAGUCCUCAGGGCUGGAGGAGCCCACAGGGCUGGAGGAGUCCUCAGGGCUGGAGGAGUCCUCAGGGCUGGAGGAGUCCUCAGGGCUGGAGGAGCCCACAGGGCUGGAGGAAUCCAUAGGGCUGGAGGAAGCUGCACUUCCCUGUUGCCUUGAAGAGCCCAGCGAGGCUGCCCCAGCCCCAGGAAUGCAGCUGAGCUGUGCAGCCGAGGCUCCUGUCACCAUUUCAGAUUCCCCUGUGCCCAGCACCGCCCCGGAAUGCUGCCGGGAGCUCUCUCCGUGCUCCAGUCCCAAGCCGAUAUCUGUCUGGCCGAUUAAGAGGAUGCUCGAGUCGAGCAGCGAUUCCCAAUCAGAAAAUUCCUGCUCCCGAACACGGAGGAAGCGCCAGCGGAGUUGUAGGAAGGCAGCAAAGACUCCUCGGGCAGCGCAGAGCCCCGGGCAGAGCUCCCCCGUUCCCCCGGAGCCCCGCGGUGUCAGCCACCAGCCCUCCCCGCCGCCGAGCACCCAAAGCCCUGGCACCCCGGCACCAGCGGCUGCACGGACCCCCAGCCCCCUGCCCGGGCCGGCUCCAGAGCUGCUUCCCGCAAGCGCUGAGCAGCAGCAGCAGCAGCCAGAGCUCCGGGCAGCCCCCCCGCGCCCACCCCCCAGCACCUCUCCAAGCGCCGAAACCCCAAAGGCCUCCCGCUCCUCCUGCAGCCCCCCGAGCAUCCCCUCCUGCCCCCCGCCGCCCUUCUGGCCAUGGUUCCAGCGGCAUGCCCGCGGCUGUGCCCCCUCUGUUGGCUCAGUCCUGUACGUGUGUUUGCAGGUUAUGGGUGGGUUUAGGAAAUAGGAAAUAAUAAGAAAUAGGUUUAGGAAAUUACUGUGUUUUUAAUAAAUUGUUCUGUCCCAAAUCCAA